CGAGCAACGAUACGGGUCGAUCCGUUCUGCCUCGUGUUGUUCCCCUUUCUUAUUUUCCUUCUGAUCCAAUUAGACAGACACUGCAUCAAAGUUACUGUGCAGUGUUUGUGCCCAACAGGAUUGGAAGAGCGGGACGGGAAAAUUCGGUAUUGUGCGAAGGAGACGUACCGGUUGUUUCACUUCCGAAAAUUCUCGGGAGUCGUAGUUCGCAUAGUCAGUCGUAUUAGGUUUCCCUCUACUGCUGGUAUCCCUCAGUAUGGAACUGCGGGUGGGUAAAAAGUACCGUCUCGGUCGGAAGAUCGGUUCCGGUUCCUUUGGAGAUAUUUAUCUCGGAACGAACAUGACUACGGGUGAAGAAGUUGCCAUCAAGCUCGAAUCGGUCAAAACCAAACAUCCGCAGUUACUCUACGAAAGCAAGAUUUAUCGCAUUCUGCACGGCGGCUUGGGAAUCCCGAACGUUCGAUGGUACGGUAUCGAAGGCGAUUACAACGUCAUGGUGUUGGACCUGCUGGGUCCAUCACUGGAAGACUUGUUCAACUAUUGCGGUCGUCGUUUCCAACUCAAGACUGUCCUCAUGCUGGCUGAUCAACUGUUGUCGCGGCUCGAAUACGUGCACACCAAGUCCUUUAUUCAUCGGGACGUCAAACCGGACAAUUUCUUGAUUGGUCUCGGCAAGCGACAGUCGGUCAUUCACAUUAUCGAUUUUGGUUUAGCCAAAAAGUACCGUGACCCACGUUCGCAUCAACACAUUCCCUACCGUGAAAACAAGAACUUGACAGGAACGGCCCGAUACGCCUCGAUCAAUACGCACAUUGGGAUCGAACAGUCGCGACGGGACGAUCUCGAGUCGCUCGGUUACGUUCUCAUGUACUUUAUUCGCGGCUCCCUCCCUUGGCAAGGACUCAAGGCAAAUACCAAGAAACAGAAGUACGAGCGCAUCAUGGAUCGCAAAAUGAGUACCAGUACAGAGCAACUGUGCAAGGGAUACGCCACAGAAUUUCGUUCGUAUUUCGAGUACUGUCGGUCGUUGAGAUUCGAAGAUCGACCGGAUUACGCCUACCUUAAACGUCUAUUCAAGGAGCUGUUUUAUCGCAAAGGAUUUCAAUACGACAACAUGUUUGACUGGACGGUUUUGAAUUUGCAGCAAGAGCGUUCACGCUUGCCUCCGGAUCGCCCACUCGCGGCCCCUGAUACGGCGGCUCCAGCAGAUUGGGAACGGUGCAGCGGAUCCCUACAACAAUGCCACCGGUGUCGCGGCCCGCGAUCCUUCCCAACGAUCGGGAUCCCGGUACGGGUCCCAGCAGCCCGGCGUGGUCGCGCCCCCACACGGGUCCCAGCACAUUCCGUCCGUCCACGAAUCACAGACCGGGUAUCCGCCGGCGCAGGGAGCCCAUCACGAUCUCCGGGGUCCCCAAUAAACGGUGACUAUAGUCCUCAUACGACACUCGUAGAAUCUGUAUUUGCAAUAGCAGCUGCAGCUCGUCAACGAUCAAGUGCGCAGAAAUCUCAGACGACGUUCACCCAAAACUAUGUAAAGCUCUGA